AUGGCGGCGCCCAUGGAGGUGGCCGUGUGUACGGACUCGGCGGCCCAGUUAUGGAGCUGCGUUGUGUGGGAACUGCACUCUGGCGCCAACCUGCUCACGUACCGCGGAGGCCAGGCCGGGCCCCGCGGCCUGGCGCUACUCAAUGGCGAGUACCUGCUGGCCGCACAGCUGGGCAAGAACUACAUCUGCGCCUGGGAGCUUCAGAGGAAGGACCAACUUCAGCAGAAGAUCAUGUGUCCCGGACCAGUCACCUGCCUUACCACAUCACCCAAUGGCCUCUACGUCCUGGCAGGGAUCUCAGAGAACAUAUACCUGUGGGAGGUGUCCACAGGGAACCUUCUAGUCAUCCUGAGCCGCCACUACCAGGACGUGUCAUGCCUGCAGUUCACGGGGGACAGCAGCCACUUCAUCUCAGGGGGCAAGGACUGCCUAGUGCUUGCCUGGAGCCUCUGCAGCGUGCUGCAGGCAGAUCCCUCCCGGACCCCUGCCCCCCGGCACGUCUGGUCUCGCCACACCCUCCCCAUCACAGACCUGCACUGCGGCUUUGGGGGGCCCCUAGCCCGGGUGGCCACCGCCUCGCUGGACCAGACAGUGAAGCUGUGGGAGGUCUCCUCAGGUGAGCUGCUGCUGUCUGUACUCUUUGACGUGGGCAUCCUGGCCGUGACCAUGGACCUGGCUGAGCAUUACAUGUUCUGUGGUGGCAGUGAUGGCUCCAUUUUCCAAGUCGAUCUCUGUACCUGGCCCGGGCAGAGAGAGAAGAGCUUCCAGCCGGAGCAGGAGCACGGGAAGGUGUUCAGAGGGCACAGGAACCAGGUGACCUGCCUGUCGGUGUCCACGGACGGCAGCGUGCUUCUGUCGGGCUCCCACGAUGAGACCGUUCGCCUCUGGGAUGUGCAGAGCCAGCAGUGCCUCAGGACGGUGACCCUCAAAGGCCCCGUGACCAACGCCUGCAUCAUGCUUGCACCCGUCAGCAUGCUGAGCUCCGACUUCAGACCAGGCCUGCCCCUGCCCCACUUCAACAAGCACCUGCUAGGUGCAGAACACGGGGACGAGCCGCACCACGGGGGCCUCAUGCUUCGCCUAGGCCUCCACCAGCAGGGGUCAGAGCCCAGCUAUCUGGAGCGGAUGGAGCAGCUGCAGGCGGUGAUGUCCAGCACACUGGAGAAGAACGUCCUGGGCGGCCAGGACCAGCUGCGGAUCCGCGUGACUGAGCUGGAAGACGAGGUGCGGAACCUGCGCAAGAUCAACCGCGACCUCUUUGACUUCUCCACACGCAUCAUCACGCACCCAACCAAGUGA